AUGAGCCCUCAUGUGCCAGGCUCUGUGGCCGAUGUGACGUUGAUCCGCAGCCGCCUUGACGAACACCAACGAUUCCUCUCUAAGGAAGCAAGUGAGUCCAUAAUCAACGACAACGGCGAGCUCUUUCGUGGCCAUCCGAAUUCGUGGGCGCUGCUUGUGGACAAAGGAUACAUCGGCCUUACGGCGUCGUUGCGUUAUAUACACCCGAAGAAGAAACCUACCGGUGGCGCGCUGGACAGGCAUGACCUUGACCGGAACAAAGAGGUGUCCUCGGAUCGCGUUAUUGUUGAGAACUUUUUCGGCCGCGUCAGCAUGUUGUGGAAGGUGUCCUAUGCAACGUUCGUUUGGGGUGAGAAGCUGUAUGAUGACAUCCAGCGACUUACAUUCUCGCUGACCAACUUCGAUGCUUCGCUGCUGCCAUUGAGAUUGGAAGACCACGACGGCUACCGAGCUGUAAUGGCGCGGUACAAGUGUAUGGCGGCGGAGAACACGACGAAACGCGCUGCAGCUCAACGUCGCUACGUGCAGCUCCGAGCGGAAAGACUUGCUGCAAGUGCAGCACGUGCUGAUCGCGUAGUCUUCACGUCACCUUCUGCGAACCGCCGUCGUUGA